GUUUGAGUUCAUCAGAGCAGCAGUAUAUAUACUCACAUACAACUAACUUGACCAAGUACUUGAUUGAGCAAUGGAAGCUACAAACAUAAAGAAAGAAGACAAUGAGACCAUAACACUCAAAGUACAAAACGAAGGCACGCGAGAUUUCUACUACACUAUGAAACGUGAUGAGCCCUUGAAGAACUUGAUGAUCGCCUAUUGUGAACGUCGACAACUAGGCGAUUACACGGCUCUUCGGUUCCAUGCAGAUGGUGACAGAGUUGUUGGUUACCAUACCCCGAAGGAGCUUCAACUCGACGAUGGCUAUGUCAUCGAUGCUUGGUCUGAAGACAAGGGUUUAGAUGACAAGUCUGGAGUUAAAAAGGAAGAUGGUCGUGACAGUGUAACAGUCAAGGUGGAGAAACAAGGUUGCCAGGAUUAUUAUUUCAGUCUGAAGCGCGAUGAGCCGUUUGAGAAGCUGAUGAUUAGUUUCUGCCAGCGUUUUGAUCUCGGAGAUUACAAGACUAUUCAGUUCACUAAAGACGGAAGGAGAAUUCAAGGGCACCAAACUCCGGAACAAGCUGAAUUGGAGAAUGGGGAUGUUAUUGAUGCCUGGGAACUGUCAAUUGGGGCAGGGAGGGGGGGUCUUGGCAAUGCUAUUGCAACUGUUUAG